GGGGUGGGGACCGUCGCCUGGCAACCGCGGCCGGGCUCGCAAACAAGCGGCGCGGAGCGCUGCUGUGCCUGGCGCAGGAUGCCGCCCACCCGGGACCCCUUCCCCUACCCCCGAUACGAGAACGAGGACACCUUCACGGGCCAGGCCAGGCCGGGCCAGACAGGCCCUUAUACUGAGCCCACCCACCUGGUCCAGCAGCAGGACCCCUGGAAUCGCCUGCACAGAGCACCGACCCUGUCCAGCACCAGGAAGGAAGUCUGGUAUACAGAACCUGAGGUUCCCAGAGACAGCCUGGAUUUUAAGCUGACCUCGCUCUACAACCACCACAAGGAGCAGCUCAGAGACAAGAGCGAGAUCGUCAUCCACAAGGAGACCCUCUUCGAUGACCAUGGAGCACUGAAGGGUCUUGAGCCUGUGAAGGAACCCGAGCCGCCCCCAGUGGAGCACCAUACAGCCAGGAGCCUGUCUGUGAGAUGCUGGGUGAGCCCCACAAAGGAGUCGAUCCACAGCAUAGAGGGAGCCAUCGAGUGUCCCCACACAGCUGCCACCAACAGUGGAUACUCCCGCAAGGAGAACGGCGGCUUCUUCUCUCAGUGAGGAGUUUGCUGGCUUGUGCCCUGGCUGUGCGGCUCUGGACCCAGUUCCAACUUGAGUGAACCUUCUUCUGUCUGCUCUGUGUGCAUUAAAUCCGUCUGGUCAGCAAAACUUGUCCAGAAAAACAGCCAUGAA